AAAUUGUCAACUUCUACUCUGCAAUCACAAAAAGAUAAAGCUCCAAAGCUGCGGUUCAACAACCAGUCACCAGCCGCGAGCCAGCCGCUUCAUUGUAUAGGUGAUUCAAAUGGCUGAUGAAGAUAGAAAUCUCAUUGAGAUCUUGGCGAAUAGCCCAAUAGACUUCAAUAAAUAUAUUGGUUAUGUUAGUUCUCCCAAAUGUGGAGCUAUAGCAACAUUUGCAGGUACAACGCGUGAUACAUUUGAUGGUAAAGAAGUGUUAGAGCUACAGUAUGAAGCAUAUGUUCCAAUGGCAAUACGUUGUCUUAAAUCUCUCUGUUCUUCUGCCCGAUCAUCAUGGGAUAUCCACUCGAUAGCAGUUGCUCACUGCUUGGGUACUGUUCCUGUUGGAGAGACUAGUGUAUUUGUUGCAAUCUCAUCUGUCCAUCGAGCAGAUGCAUUGGAUGCUUGCAAGUUUCUGAUUGAUGAGCUUAAAGCAUCAGUUCCGAUAUGGAAGAAAGAGGUAUAUACAAAUGGAGAGGUGUGGAAAGAGAAUAAAGAGUUUAUCGAGAGGAUGCCAGAUCUUGGGAAGGCAUCACAUGAUCAAGGCGGAGCUUGCUCUGGUAAAAAGAAAGUGGAGGCACACGAGAGAAAGAGCUGCUGUGGGACGAAGGUUAAAGUCAAUGACGAGUCUGCAGAUUCUUGUAGGUUCUGAGGCACAUAUUGUAUUUCAUUCAAAUCCUUCACUUUUAAACAAACCCGAAAACUAAGAAAUGGUUAAUUCAUUCCUCUUUGUUGUGUGUGCAAUACCAACUAUAACAUGCUCUGGCACAUCAGAUUUAUAGCUGAAGGCAGUUUCUUGUAAGUGUACAUACGAUUUAAUUGUGCUCCCAUUUAACUCA